AUGUGGGAUGGUUUAUAUAAAGGCCUGAUAUCAUACCGAAUACAAUCAAUUUCCUGCAAUCUCAAUUCAAGUCUUUUCACAAGUUUUAUCGUUAAAACCACUUGGCUUAACAAAAGAAAACCAUGAGCAAUUGCAGCUAAGUUCUUGAAUAAAUAAACGGGCAAGAGAGGGAAGAAUCCAAAGAAUGAACGUACGAGAAGUCAGAAUCUAACAGUGAACCAUGGAAAUGAGGCAGAAUAAAUUCACAAAAGAAGAAGCCACAAAACAUUAAAUCCUAUAAAAAUGUUAAAUGAGAUAAUAAUAGCCCGGGGCUUAAGCGGAACACACGAAUGACGAGGAUUUGGUUUUCGAGACGAUUAAUAAAAAAUACGAAGCCAAAAAUAUGCUGUUUAAAAGUUGACGUUUUGACAUACAGUUUUCUAGUGGAUUCAUGUGAAUGCAUUUCAAGUAGGGGGACUGAAGUCGUUUGCUUAGGUCCACUAUCAAAACUUAGGAGCACAAUAUUAGAAUUUAUUUAACUCGAGUAAAUACAAGUAAAUAGCAUCCACUACGGAUAUACAAUAACACUUCAAAAUACUCAGAAAUAACUUUAUCCAGUCUGAAACUUUCGGGAAACAUUCAAACAGAACGUCAAAAGAAAAACAGGACGCAAAUUCAAUUGAGGCCUACGAGUUACUCAACACGAAACUACUUCAAACAUUCAUGUAAAAUUAGUUUAGGAGUUGACGCACUUUGCCAAAUAUUCAUUUGAAAAUGAAAUCGAAGAUGUUUUACAGGCGACUUUUAACUCUCUUUUUUCUGGAUAUUGGAGUGUCCGGAUUUGGACUCCUUCCAUUACAGGGCGAAGAUGAUGGCGAAUUCAACAAGAAAACUCCAGGUUGCAAACUUGGUCCCGUCUUCCACGAACUAGGAGAGACAUGGCAUCCAACAUUGGAACCACAAGGGGAGAUGUUUUGUGUUCUCUGCAAAUGUAUGCCGGUCGAGAAGAAAAAUAUUUUACAACGCAAGGGAAAGGUGAUAUGCAAAAAUAUAAAGGACGAAUGCUCAGUACCCAAGUGUGACACUCCAGAGCUAUUGCCGGGACAGUGCUGCAAAACCUGCCCCCAGAAAGGAUUUUCGGAAGAAACCACGAGUGUAUCUGUCGAUGGCGUAUAUGACUAUACGACCGAGGUGAACGACGGGAAGGAAAUGCUACAUGAUUACCAUAGAACCGAGUACAUGGCACUUCUGUUGGGCAAAACUAUGAAGUCGCCCACAAGGACUAAAGGGUCAGCCCGAGGAGCGUUUACGCUCUUCAAAAGUAAUUUACACUUUACAUUCUACGCCAAUGUUAACAAAAUAACCCGGAUAGAAUUUGUUGACUUCAACGACAAUGUCCUGUACGAGCAUGUGGUCAAACCAACUAAGGAAAAAGAUAAUAAGAUCUGUGGAGUUUGGAAUAAUUUGCCAACUAUAUAUCAGCGGUUCUUGAAUAAUCAACGCAUGCGCGUGAGAAUUGUUACGAAAAAACAUGAAGCUGGUGAACUUGGAGGCGAAAUAAUAAAACACAGAGCUCUGGAAGAUGAGACGUUAAGCGCCGUGUUGUCCUCAGAUGUGGGUGACGGAAGUGGUGCGUUGGUCAUGAUGACUGUUGGAGGAGAUGGAAGUCUCAGUUUUAUUGUAAGACACAACGGACUGUUGGAUAAAGAAGCAGAUGCAAAAACCAUAGUUUCAGUAUACUUUAUGAAGAAUUCGGAGGUUUUACAGAGGAUAAAUGUUAUCGUAUCAAGACAUGAUGCUGAGUUCGCCGAGCUUUGGUCGAAGCUACAGAAACAAGAAUUCAAGCAAUUGGCGAGAGGGAAGAUAACAAUUCUCAUUAGAACUGAAUCUGGCAAACAAAUGAAAGGAAAGAUAACACCUAAAAUUACAUGCAAUGCUCUUCAAGCUGUUCUAUCCGGGUAUGAUGCUCUGCAACAAACAGAAACUGGAGCAGGUGGAUCUGCUAUCUUUAUACUCAAGAGCAAUGGAUAUAUCACUUACCAGAUCAAAGUGGAGGGCUUGAAGAGUAAGUUAACAGAGCUUUCAAUCGAGGGUGCACCGAACAAACGUGACAGAAGACGAAGAGUUGCCAAAUUAACCAAGAAAUUCAAACAACAUUCGAAAACAGAUUAUGGUGGUAUGGCUAGAGGAAUACUGAAGAAGUUAAAUGGUCGACAGAUCCACCUCCUUCUUACAAAUGGUCUAUUUGUAAACAUCAAGACGUCCAAACACAAAGUCAGUGAGUUAAGGGGUCAGAUAACUCAAACACUCUUUGAUGACAAAAUCUCAAUGGAUAUAGUAGACCCUGUUAUACUGAAUGGAGCUUCAUUGGAUCCCAAAGUGCCAACCCCUGCUGCGGGGCAUGCUUGGGUAACCAUUGACUCCCGCUGUAACCUACGCUAUAGUGUCAUUGUGCAGGGCUUGAGCCACGAGAAACUGAGUCCCCAUCUGCAUGGAAUUGUUGAGAUUGGUGCCACCACUGGUGAUAUACUUCCUACUCAACUAAAGGGAUUUGUUGGAAAUAUGGCACAGGGGUACGUGAAUGAUUUAUCAACCUCUAUGAUGAGGACACUAGAUGGUCAUAAUGCAUUCAUCCAAGUGAAGACAAAUGCCUAUCUUGGUGGAGAACUAAGGGCUAAGAUUCACAUCCCAAAUGACUGUGAAGGAGUCAGUGAUCGUGAAAUCAUGAAUGAUAAACAUGAGAAUGCAAUCCUGCCAUCUUUAGAUGUGUCGGGGAAGUAUGGUUGUAAUGAUGGGGACAGCUGGCUACCCGACGAGUCAGACCCAUGCACGACAUGCAGCUGCAAGAGAGGCAAGAUGAAAUGCCAUCAAGCUAUCUGUCCCAAGAUGGACUGUGAAGAUCCUAUUACUAUAGAAGGAGAGUGUUGUCCACAGUGUAUAGAGCAAAGUAGCUUGAGUUCUGAAACCUGUUAUUUUAAUGGUGACCAGAGGAGACACCGAGUUGGAACAAUAUGGCACCCUUAUGUCCCACCAUUUGGCUAUGUGAAAUGUGCCCUGUGCUCAUGUGUGCCGGGCGCCGAUGAGGUGAAUUGUACCCAGAAUUCUUGUCCCCCUCUCAACUGUCCUGAUUCCGAGGCGAUCCGUUUGAAUGAGUCUGAUUGCUGUAAGAUAUGCCCAGCCAAGCCACCAAACUCUGUUGUUGCCGACACAAUUGAUGUAUUCCGCAACGACUACAGAGCCGAUGAUGCCGCCAAGGCACAGAUUGAAUCGGAGGAUUCAAACCCCGGUAGUUGCAAAUGGAAGGGAGAUUUAUACAAUAAUGGUGACUCCUGGCAUCCAAACGUAUCUUCAGUUGGCAGGAUAAAAUGCAUCACGUGUACCUGCAAAGACAGCGUAAGCCAAUGCAAAAGAACAAAUUGUCCAAAACUACGGAAUUGUCGUAGAAUUAAACGCAAGACAGAUUCUUGUUGUCCCGUAUGUGCAGACAAUAAACGAGGAAAAGUGAAAUCAUCACGAACUGGAAAACGCACAAAAAGAAGAAGGAAUAAGAACAAACAGUAGCCAAACAAUCUAUGUAGUAAAAUUAGUAUGGACUCUCUCAAAAUCUUUCCUCAAAUUUUACAAAAACAAGUGUCAAAAUGAUGUUUGAGGUUAGAGGAUUUUUAACUUUCAGAUGUUGAAACUAUAACAUGAUAGAUAAUGGAUGGUGCCCUUUCAUAUAAUAUAUACACAUAUGACUAUAGCCUUUGGAGGCGAAGCUUUAUCAGUGAAGAUGUGUGUCUGCCUAAAUACUGAAAAUUGUAAAUAUUGUAAAUUGUACAUGUUGUAAAUUUUACAUGUUGUAUAUUGUACAUGUUGUAAAGAUGAUGACUGAUGACAAAUAUGCUUGUUGAAACACUGUGUAGACAAGUAGUUCUAUAGAUCUGAUAUGUAUAAAUAUGGAAAUAAAUGAAUUCUAAUCGUUUAAAUUAUU